AUGGUCUUGCUGUUGAAGGCCUUUUGUUGCGCUGAGGGAGGGCAAGCCUUGAGAGCGGUAUCGAAUCGAAUCCUGAAGUUCGCCGCGGCUGGCCAGCGCAGCUAUUCUGACGCGUGGAGCGGAACAUUUCGGAGGUUUUGGGGCCGUGGUACUCUGAUCUGCGACAACCUAAACAUCCAGCAGUACCCAGCCGCACGUCUUUGGACACUACCCACCUUCCAGUUAACUAGUACCAUGGUGGCCUCCACCGUGACGACGCUGCCUUACUUCUGCGACUCAGGCGAGUUGCCUACUCCGCUCCCGUCCAUGGACGAGAUCCUUGCAGCCGACCAGACCUUCCCGACCAAUACCGAAGACAAGUGCCGACAGGUCGUCCUCGUCAAGGAAAAUUUCAUCGUCAAGCAUGGCGUAUCGCCUUGGGUGUCCGAAAACGAAGGUCACGCGCUCUUGCUACUCGCCAAGUACCCCUCCAUCCCGGCGCCGCGACUCUACGCCAUGUAUAGAAACGAGGAGAACAGGCUCUUCCUGGUCAUGGAAUACAAACCCGGCACGCCGCUCAACACAGUCUGGGACGGCCUCUCAGAGUACGACAAGCUCGACAUCACCGGCCAGCUGCGGGACAUCUUCGCCCAGGUGCGCCAGAUCCCUUCACCGUGGUUGUUCAGCAAUGUGACGGGCGGGCCCCUGAGGCAUCGCUUUUUCUUGUCGACGAAACCCACGCCCCAAAUCAACGGCCCGUUCAUAACCGAGAGUGACUUUUCCAUGGCCAUGGCGAUACGGUCACGCAGGAAUUGGGAGUCCAGCGGAUACAAGCCCUGGAGCUCCGAGUUCUUUGAGCGCCAUCUCCCUGCGGCCUUGGCCGGCCACACCAUCGUUUUUACGCAUGACGAUCUCCAGCGCAAGAAUAUUAUAAUGUCUCGGGUGGGUGGUGGGGCAGCUGGGGGGAGUUUAGACGAGAGAGCUGGUGGGUGGCGUGUGACGGCUGUUGUGGAUUGGGAGGAUGCCGGGUGGUAUCCGAGUUACUGGGAGUAUGCCUCGGCCUUUGUCGAUUUCAUAUGGGACGACGACUGGCCUGAGAAGUUUGAGAGGAUAAUUGAGCCCUGUCCCCUGGAGGCGGGGUUGCUGAGAUUUGUGAGACAAGAUGUGGAUGGUUACUGA